UGAACGAUUAUUUGCUCACAGGACCUGACCUAUUGUCAUCACUUUUAGGUAUAAUGCUGCGCUUUCGGGAACAUCCAAUUGCAGUAACAGGUGACAUUAGGGACAUGUUCUUGAGGGUCAAGAUCCAGCAAGACGACCAGGACGCACUGAGGUUUCUGUGGAGAAACAACGCCACAGAAAACAUAAGGACGUACGCGAUGACGUCACUCAUUUUUGGCGCAAAUUGUGCUCCAUUCGUCGCGCAAUUUGUUAAAAAUAAAAACGCCCAGCGAUUUGAAUCGUCGUUUCCCGCCGCCGUCGAUGCCAUCGUCAACUCGCACUACAUGGACGACUACAUCGACAGCCUGCCCGACGAGGCGACAGCGAUCGAAAUGGUAAGGAAUGUCAGUGAUAUCCACAGGGCGGGCGGCUUUGAAAUAAGAAACUGGACGAGCAACAGCGUCGCUGUUUUAAACAGCGUGCCAAAGGAGACCUUAGGUACUGCUGCUGUAAGGUUCAAAGUCGGCCAGCAACAUGAAAGCGAGCGUACCUUGGGUCUCAUUUGGUACCCGGCUGAUGACAUAUUGGGCUUCGAUUUGUCAUUAAAACGUAUACCGAGCGACGUACUUGAAGGUGAGAACAGGCCUACAAAGCGUGUAAUGCUAAGAGUAAUUAUGUCUAUAUUUGAUGUACUAGGUUUCUUAGCACCCUUCACGAUUCAAGGCCGAAUCAUGCUUCAAGAGGCUUGGCGUUUACAGGUGGAUUGGGAGGAUUACAUCCCAGACCAGAUUUAUCAAAAGUGGCGAAAGUGGGUUGACCUUUUAAAGGUAAUUAAAGAUAUCCGUAUACCUAGGUGGUACUGCACAGCCGCGCGCAAUGCGGUAAGGGACAGCCAAACAGCGACAGCGCGUGCGAGCGAAAUGCAAGAUUGUGUGGAUAUCGAGGCAGAGGUACCUACCUCGCGCCCCGCGACCCACGCGCCUACGCACAGUGCUACGAAAGGCUACGACGGCGUAGCGGCAUCUACAUAUGCUACGACCGCACCGAGUAGUAAGUACUCAUAUUAUAAUAAUUUACAAAUGCAUUUUUUUAGCGAUGCAUCUACUCAGGCGAUGUCAGCUGUGGGCUAUUGGCGCUGGGAGGAUAACGGUACUAUUUAUGUUGCAUUUAUUGCAAGCAAAAGCAGAGUUAUGCCGUUAAAACAGCUGACUAUACCGAAGGCUGAGCUGCAAGCUGCAUUGUUGUCGGCGAGAUUAGCCAAUGCAAUUGGAAAGGAGCACAAACUGACGCCUAUAAGGCGUUACUUCUGGUGUGACUCCUCAACUGUGAUACAUUGGAUCCGCAACAAAAAUCGUACGUAUAAGGCCUUUGAAGCAAAUCGUUUGGGGGAGAUUGACGACCUUACCCGCGUUGACGAGUGGCGGUACAUUUCUACGAAACUAAAUGUUGCCGAUUUAGCCACGCGGGACUCGUUUGAUCUAGCCCUACAAAAUGAGUGGUUCAAAGGUCCUUCUUUUUUAUAUGAUAUGAUAUGAUAUGAUAUGAUUUAUUUAUCUCACAAUAUACAAUGUCACUUAAAAUUACACAUGGUAAAUUUUUAGGAAUUUAUAUUGUGAUUGUCAGUUUUUUUACAUUAUGAAUAAUGGAGUACGAAAAAUAACACUGACAAUCAAAAUUUCAUUCAAAAUUAUUAAAUUACAAUCGUAUGUCAGCAGU